AUGUCUACUCGUAAGAGAAAGGCUGAAGACGAGGAGCUCGUUGCGCUUCCUUCGGAUGAAAGCGAGGAUGAAGAGGAAUACGAAGAUUCAGAAGAUGAGGCUCCAGGAGGGAAUUCCGAAGAAUCCGAGGAAGAUGAGGAUGCCAGCGGCUCCGAAGUGGAGGAGGAGAUCGAAGAAGUUGCCCCUCCAGUGAAGAAGCGCAAGGUCGGCACCGCAACCUUGACUGAGGAGAACGGCGAUGAGGAGGAGGAGGAGGCCGAGGAGGCUACCGAGGGCGAAGAAGAGGAGGAGGAGGCUGCAGAUGAGGAGCCUGCCGACGCCGCCGUUUCCGCCAAGAAGACGAACGGCGCUGCGGCUCCCAAGAAAGCUGAAGUCGAAACGAUUGACCUUGACGACGAGGAUGAGUAA